UCGGAAUGAAUAUCGACGGGUCGGAAAUAUAUAGAGGCAGAAAAUAGUAAAUGUGUAAUAAAGCGCGAUCCGUGGCCAGCGAAAUAAGCAUGUAUUUCCGAUGGAGGAAACGAACGACCCCGCUCGAUGAAAAGAUUUACAACGAUCUCCCCUUGAACCUCCUCCGAGUUGAUCCAGACCACGGGAUCCUCUCGCCCGUUUCCAUGCAUUACUUCAACGUCACCGUCGAGUGCAAAGACCUGCAGCCGGACCAUUAUUCUGGUGUACUGCAAUUAUACGUGGAGGACAUCCCGCUCGCGGCCAUACCGAAAAGACUAGAAUUACAAACCGAGAUUUGCACCAACAGGCGGCGGAAAGCUUCGACCUCCGUAGACGUUUGGAUCGCUGACGUGGAAGUCUGUGUGCGGCACACGAUGGAUGAUGAAAGUAGAAUCGACGAGACAAUUGGCGAAACGGCUGACAGUAUUUCUGAAUCAACUUCGAGGUACGAUCUUCUAUCGGACGAUGAAGACGUCGAAGAAAUGCCUGACGCGCCUACCGAACAUUGGUCAUCACAUGAAUUAAUUACAGAAGAAUUCUUUUCCCACUACGAUACAAUCGAUUUCAAACAGUUUGAACCCCUCCUACGUGAACGUACACUCGGCAUAGGGAUAAUUAGACCAACAAGGUUCACGAUGUUCUAAAUAAUUCAUCAAACAGGGUGUUCCAAAAAAUGUGUACACACUUUGGCUAUUAAUAAUUUUAAUUCCCUUAUUUCUUCAAUUAUUAAGAAAUUAUAAAUUUUAUUCGAUGCCAUAAAAGCAACGAAGAUUGAAGUCUACUGGUAAUCAAAGUGCACAUUCUUUUUGGAUCCCUGAACUGGUUUGAAAAUUCUUUCUUAUGAAGAACAGUUUAACAGGGCUUUAUACAUCGGCAUCGAGGAAACAUAUGUACUGUCGGUGAAGAAUCUCUCCGACAAGUCUAUGAUGUAUUCGUGGGGCGAGGCGAACGGUUCCGACGCAGAAAAGAUAAAACUUUGCGUGUGCCCGCAAAAUGGUACUCUGACCGCCAAGCACACGGAAAAAAUGAAAAUAACUGUCGUACCGAUAAAAGAGGGAAUCGUGCAGUUCUUAUGUAUACCCUGUUACGUCGACGACACGCGGAAAAUCAUAAUCCUGGGAAUCGAGUGUUCGAUCGAGCCAUUUUACGUCACGUUUCACCUCCCACGAAGCGACCCCGAGAUUUUCGGGUGGAAAACAAGUUUCAGCAGGGUCGAAUGGCGCGUGGACAGCUUGGAAACGGCAUUGGACAUCGCUGGUGAAUCGAAGAAGGGGAUGAGACUGUUGGACCGGUACAAAAUGCGAGAGGAGCGGGAAUUAAUGAACACGGAUCUGGAUCAAGGGGACGUUCUUAAAGACGCUUCCGUGGGUGUUUCGGGCGCGGCCGAAUCGGGGGCGGAAUCUUCGCCGAGCACGCGUACUUCAGGAAUCAUUAAAACGAACAAUAAGUUGUUAAAGGAAGAACGAAAUUACGAAGAGGAAGAUAGUUCGCGAGUGGUUCAAUUUUCUAGAACGACUUUGCCACCUCCAAAGCAACCAGUAGUAAUCGAAUUUUUGAAUUUGCCAUUAAGAAAAGUGGAAAGGAAGACUUUUAUAAUAAAAAAUGAAACUGCGAUUCCAUCGAAUUUUUGGAUUUCUAUAAAGAAUUUUUAUCCCGUUCGCUGUAGCUGCGAGAAGCUGAUCGAAGAUCGUAUAAAGUUUAUGUUCAAGCAAGCUUUUGGAGGGGUCAAAAAUAUCAUUGAAGAAUCGUUGUGCCAAGUGAAGCAACCGGGAGUGGGAGUGGUAAUUUAUGUAGAUCCUUUAAAUUCCGAUCUUGAUCCAUUUAAAGCCGUACCUGUAGAUAUAUACGUCUUCGCCGAUACUUGGGGAACUUAUACUGACGAAUUAGAAAUUAGAGUUACCGGUUUGCCACGGUAUACAUUAGCGAUCUGCGUUGAGGUUGUUGGAUCACCGAUAUCACUGUCAAUAGAACAAAAAGAUUCAACCAAAAUACCUGUCCUUAAUUAUGGUACAGAAGCAGCAGGAAGCCGUCUAACAUCCAGAAAAGUGUUGCUAAAGAAUACAAGUGUCUUACCUAUAGCUAUCAAUUGGCACGUAUUUUUGGUUGAACCUACUACAACUGAGAGAAUUCCUUUCAAUGUUGCGUACGAUGUGUGCACUCCAUUCACAGAUGAAUUAUCCAAAGAAUUGAAAAAUAAUAGAUCACAGAGGAAGAGAGAAUCACAAAUGAGAGAGCCUGUAACUUUUGAACAAUCGUCAAAAAUGUCAAGAGCAGAUGAUUCCAUGGCAAACAACAAUAGUCUUGGAAAUCUGUUAGGAAGUUUAUCAGACGUUUUUCAACGUAAAACAACAUCUUGUAUGAGGGAGUUACAGAAACCUUCAACUGAUUCCACUUGGGCAGCACGAGAUGAAGUGCAAAAAAUGUUGAGACAUUCAAAAUAUAAUGAAGAAUAUACAGAAGAUAAUGCUUAUAAACCUACAGAAACAGAUGAAGAUGAAACAGAGAAAAAAGAAGAUAUUGAAUUUAGAAUUUCUAUACUUCCUUGUUACGGUGAAAGCAACAACAAAGUUUGCACUGUUGCUCCCAGGGAAAUAUUUAUGUUACCGAAACACAGUGAUACAAUAGUCAUAAGUGUAUAUCCAGAUAAAUGUGUUUCUAAUGGGCAUUUCCGAGGAGAAUUUGCCUGCAAGGUUUUGGGUUUGCUUCGAAUAGCUCCAAGUGAUAAAUACCAAGAUAAUCAAUACUCUAGAACGGAUGGGCUUUACUUGCUCCCCAUAGAAUUUGAUGUAAAAGCAAUUAUUAUUAAGCCACAGUUGCUUUUUAACAUUUCUAAAGCUGAUAGAACAUUCACAUGUUGCAUCAAUGAUGUAAUAAAAACAAAACGGAAAAAAUUGGAGCUGAAAAAAACAUUUUUCUUCUGUAACAGCAAUAGUAAUGUACUGAAUGUGCUUUUAGAAACAUAUGACCCAUUUCAUAUAAAAUUCACAUCAAUUUAUAUUGAAACUAAUCCAUGUAAACCUAUAGUAGGCAUUUGUAUAAAUGGGCAUGGAUGUGCAGAAGUAAUAUAAUUGUUUGUUUGGUUCAAAGUGUAAAAAAUAUUUAAACAAAGUUGUCCUCAUAGGUACAGAUUGUAUGCAAUGUGAAUGAAACACUAAUUAAUAUGAUAUUGCACACAAGAAAAACACAAGAAUUUGGUAAUUCGAUGAUUGUAUUAAAGGAGCCAUUAUUUAUUAUAUACCCAGAUAACAACUAUCAGGUUUAAAACAAAAAAUUAUUUGUUUCUGCAUUGACAUAAGUUAAUAUGUAUCAAACUCAUUACUUAAUUCCAGGAAGUGGAAUUAAUUUUACAAAUAUGCUUACCAUUGCUAAAAUUAUCAUCAUAUAUGUUAGAUUUUGGUACUGUUCAUAUAAGUGAUACCAAAAAGUUAAUAUUACUUGUAGAAAAUUUAUCAAGUACAGUUAUUAUUAACAACUCAUAUAAAUUUUUGUCCAAUGACCAUGUAAUAACUUGGUUAAAUUUUUCUGCAGCAUGUGUUUGUAAAUUUCGGAUAAAAAGUAAAUUUCAAAACAAAGAUUUUGCAGUUGAUCAAAAGAGGGGAAAAUUGUUAGGCAAGUCUAUUACAAGAAGUUACCAUACACUUACAGUUUCCUUUCACCCAAAGUCAGUUGAAUGAAAUGAAUUCUUUUAUUGAUACUGAUAUUAUUUCAAAUGUAUAAUUAACAUAUUUUUAUACACAGAAAACCAGGACACUCUGCUGAGACAUUACAGGUAAUAACCGACAUGCCAUACAUUGUAGAGGAAUGUGAGCUUUCAGGAGAAGGAACAUGGGAUGAAAAGUUUCAUCAUCCAGGUGAAUGAAUAAAAAAUAUUACAUAUACACUAAAAUAUACUUUCACCGU